AUCAUCCUGCUGCUGCUGAUGCUCUUCAUGAGGAAACGAGUCGCUCUGACCAUCGCUUUGUUCCACGUGGCGGGGAAAGUCUUCAUCCACCUCCCCCUCCUCACCCUGCAGCCCUUCGUCACCUUCCUGGCCCUCCUGCUCUUCUGGAUCUACUGGAUCCUGGUCCUGCUCUUCCUGGGAACCACGGGGAACCCGGUCCAGAACGAGGAGACGGGUCUGACAGAGUUCAGACUGACGGGGCCUCUGCAGUACCUGACCUGGUACCACGCUGUGGGUCUGAUCUGGAUCACGGAGUUCAUUCUGGCCUGCCAGCAGAUGACUGUGGCCGGAGCCGUGGUCACGUAUUACUUCACCAGGGACAAGAACCGACUCCCGGUGACUCCGAUCCUGUCGUCGGUCCUGAGGCUGGUCAGGUAUCACCUGGGCACCGUCGCUAAAGGAUCCUUCAUCAUCACGCUGGUCAAGAUCCCCCGACUCAUCCUCAUGUACAUCCACAACCAGCUCAAAGGAAAGGAGAAUGCGUGUGCUCGCUGUCUGCUGAAAACUUGUAUCUGCUGUCUGUGGUGUUUGGAGAAGUGCCUCAACUAUCUCAAUCAGAAUGCAUAUGCAGCCACAGCCAUCAACAGCACCAGUUUCUGCACAUCUGCACGUGACGCCUUUGUAAUCCUGGUAGAAAACGCUCUGCGCGUCGCCACAAUCAACGCCGUCGGAGACUUCGUGCUCUUCCUGGGGAAG